CCACAGUGGAUGGCGCCAUCCUCACAACGUGCGCGCAGUGUUUAGAUCCUCCAGCCCAACUGUUUUGAUCUCACCCGGCGUUGACAGUCUUGCGGAAGCUUUACCUGAUGGACAUCCAGAGCGCCAGUUCAGUGGUGCUGCAGGCUUUGACCCAGGCCACCAGUCAGGACACAGCUGUGCUGAAGCCUGCAGAGGAGCAGCUUCGCCAAUGGGAGACGCAGCCCGGAUUCUACUCAGUGCUGCUGAGCAUUUUCAAUAACCACUUGCUGGAUGUCAACGUGAGAUGGUUGGCUGUCCUGUAUUUCAAGAAUGGUAUCGAUCGCUACUGGAGAAGAGUCGCACCCCACGCUCUCUCAGAAGAAGAGAAGUCAUCUCUCCGUGCAGGUCUCAUCACUAAUUUUAAUGAACCGGUCAACCAGAUCGCCACACAGAUAGCAGUGCUGAUCGCAAAAGUGGCACGUCUGGACUGUCCUCGGCAGUGGCCCGAGCUGAUCCCUAUUCUGCUGGAGUCUGUGAAGGUUCAGGACAGUCUGCAGCAGCACCGAGCUCUGCUCACCUUCUAUCAUGUCACCAAAACCCUGGCCUCCAAACGCCUCGCCACUGACAGGAGACUCUUUCAGGAUUUGGCUUCAAGCAUCUACAGCUUCGCUUGCUCUCUGUGGAAUCAUCACACAGACUCAUUUCUACAGCAGAUCUACUCUGGAGACCAACAGACUGCUCUCAGCUCUCUAGAGCGAACGCUGCUCUCUCUGAAAGUUCUUCGAAAGCUUACUGUCCAUGGCUUCGUUGAUCCACAAAACAACAUGGAAGUCAUGGGCUUCCUCAACGCUGUGUUCGAGAGGCUGAAGCAAUUUCUCGAAUGCUGUCGGCAGGUUGGACCAGGCAGUCCUUGCAGAGAAAAGCUUGAGAAAACCAUCAUUUUGUUCACCAAAGUUUUGCUGGAUUUCCUGGAAUAUCACCCGUGCCCUUUCAUCCCGCUCAUUCAGCGCUCGCUGGAGUUUGCCGUCAGCUAUGUGUUCACCGAGGCUGGCGAGGGAGUUGUUUUCGAGCGUUUUAUUGUACAGUGCAUGAACCUCAUCAAGAUGAUCGUUAAAAACGAUGCCUACAAACCUGCCAAGAACAUUGAAGACAGUAAGCCGGAGAGCCUGGAGGCGCACAGAAUCAAGACCGCAUUCUUCACACACCAAACGCUGACGGAGAUUGGCAGGAGACUGGUGUCCAAAUACUUCCUGCUGACUGAGGAAGAGCUUACCAUGUGGGAGGAAGACCCCGAGAGCUUUGCUGUGGAAGAGACAGGUGGUGACUCUUGGAAGUAUAGCUUGCGGCCAUCCACAGAAGUACUUUUCUUGGACAUUUUCCACAACUACAGUCAGACUUUGACACCCGUUCUUCUGGAGAUGGUGCAGAAUCUUCAAGGCCCCAGUAAUGUGGAAGACCCAGUGCAGAUGCUCAUGAAGGAUGCAGUGUACAAUGCCGUGGGGUUAGCCGCUUAUGAAUUGUUUGACAACGUGGACUUUGAUCAGUGGUUCAAGAACCAACUCCUGGGGGAGCUACAAGUCAGCCAUAACAGGUACAAAUUGAUCAGACGGCGGGUGAUCUGGCUGAUUGGACAGUGGAUCUCGGUGAAGUUCAAGCCGGAGCUGCGGCCCCUGCUCUACGAAGUCAUUCUCAGUCUCAUGCAAGACCCUGACCUGGUGGUUCGUAUCGAAACGGCUACAACCCUAAAGCUGGCCGUCGAUGACUUUGAGUUCAGAACUGAGCAGUUCUUACCGUACUUGGAGUCUAUAUUCAGCCUGCUGUUCCAGCUUUUGCAGCAGGUCAAUGAAUGUGAUACUAAAAUGCAAGUUCUCCAUGUUAUUUCCUGCGUCAUCGAGAGAGUCAGCAUUCAGAUUCGGCCGUACGUGGGCUGCUUGGUUCAGUACCUUCCUCUUCUUUGGAAGCAGUCAGAAGAACACAACAUGCUCCGCUGUGCCAUUCUCACUACCCUCAUCCAUCUCGUACAGGGCCUGGGAGCAGAAAGCAAGAAUCUGUAUCCCUUCCUCCUGCCUGUUAUCCAGCUCAGCACAGAUGUUUCUCAGCCCCCUCAUGUUUACCUGCUGGAAGAUGGGUUGGAGCUCUGGUUGGUGACUUUAGAGAACAGCCCUGCUAUCACUCCAGAACUUCUGAGGAUCUUCCAGAAUAUGUCUCCUCUACUUGAACUGAGCUCGGAGAACGUACGCACAUGCUUUCAGAUCAUCAAUGCCUACAUUUAUCUCUCAGCUACAGAUUUCUUACAGAACUAUGCUGAAGCCCUCUGCAGAUCUUUCUGUGAACUCCUGAGCGACAUCACCAAUGAAGGCCAGGUCCAGGUUUUGAAGGUUGUUGAAAUUGCCAUAAAAGUAAGCCCUAUACUGGGCUCCCAUAUGUUUCAGCCUCUCCUGCCAUCUGUGAUACGGGGGAUUGUCGAAGGAGAAAGGUAUCCUGUGGUCAUGUCUACAUACCUCGGGGUGACGGGACGUAUUCUUCUGCAGAAUUCAGGCUUUUUCACAUCACUUCUCACUCAAAUGGCUGUGGAGUUCAACCAGGAGGCGGACCAGCUCUUGGGAAGUAUGAUUGAGAUGUGGGUGGAUCGAAUGGACAACAUCACCCAGCCUGAGAGGAGAAAACUUUCCGCCUUGGCGCUGCUGUCGCUUUUACCGUCUGACAACAGCGUGAUCCAGGACAAGUUCUGCGGGAUCAUUAACAUCAGCGUGGAGGCACUGCACGAUGUCAUGACGGAAGACCCUGAGACAGCCACCUUCAAAGACUGCAUGCUGAUGAGCCACUUUGAAGAGCCCAAGCUGACAGAUGACGAGGAACCCCCAACAGAACAGGACAAGAGGAGGAAGCUGCUGGCUCUUGAGGACCCGGUGCACAGCGUCUCUCUCCAGCAGUUUGUCUAUGAAAAGCUGAAGGCUCAGCAGAUGCUGAUGGGAGAUCAGGGCUUUCAGGCUCUGAUGGAGACGGUGGACACAGAGAUCGUGCGACAGCUGCAGGAGUUCAUCCAGGGCAUGUAAAGAAGAAGAUGUGAGACCACAACGCAGAUGCCAAACCUUUUUAAACAAAAAGAGCUUCCAUAUUUAAAAAAUAAAAACACUUUCUUUCUUCCUCAAACACAGCUUCAACGUUUAAGAAAGGAGUGAUAAGAAGGAAUGGCAUUUUAUAAUGCCUCGUUUUUGUGAUGGGUAAAAGAGGAAAGGGCCCAAGCAGUGUUUACAUUGAUAUCAAUUCUUGUAAUAAUAAUAAUAAAACAAUUGUAUUUUUUGUAUGUAUGUACAAUACACUGCAUGACAACAUUACUUUUUUGUUUAUUUGCUUUUUUCCCAAUCAUGCUUCUAGUAUAUCAGGAACUACUGACAAGUCUUUAACAGUUUUGAUUGAUUGAAAGUAUUUUCAUAGCAGAAACACAUACUGUACAUGAACAAAAAAAAAAAAAAUCAAUGGAUGUAAAUGUUUACCUUUCCACAAAGUAUUGCUGCUAAUGCUCCAACACUCACCGGAGAUCAGAAGAACCAAAUGUGCAUCAGUUUAAUCCAACAGGAGUCUAUUUUCACCAUAAAUACACUGCAAAUGUUUGAGUAAAUAUUUGGUUAAGCUUUACUUGAAGAGGGUGCAUAGGGGAUUAUAAGACUGUCAUAAAACCUUUAGUGUCAUUGGUUCAGUUGUGUCAUCUUGAAUGCAAAAGUGGCAUUGUUUGAGAUGACUUUAUGACUACUUGACUUAAACAAAUACAUCAUGACCUGUCUGUUUUUGCCAUGACAACUUGAUAUUCACCAAGACAUCAUAACUGGAUAUAAAUGUGUCAUAAACAUGAUCAUCAUGAGGCCAUUAUAAUGUCAUGAAUUUUAUAAGUGCAUCAUUAAUAUCAACUUUGAUCUCAACUACAGUAGUACAAAUUAAAUUUUUGAUUAAAUGUCAUUAAAUAUUAAUGACAGUGUUAUAAAAUAAUUUGACAGAGCAAUGACACUUUUACUAAAAUCAAAUAUUAAUGACAAAAUCGAUUCCACUGAAAAAGUUAUCAGAAAAAUAUUUGUAACACAACUGUAAUGGCCUCAUUUUUUUACCAGCAAUGAAAAUAAAGUUGAGGUUAAUUAAAAGAAGAAAAACAACUGACUAGACCAGGGGUCACCAAUCUCGGUCCUGGAGGGCCGGUGAUCCUGCAGGGUUUAGCUGUAACUUGCCUCAACACACCUGCCUGGGUCUUUCAAGUAUACCUAGUAAGACCUUGAUUGGCGUGAUUAAUUAGGGUUGGAGCUAAAAUCUGCUGGGCAUCGGCCCUCCAGGACCAAGUUUGGUGACCCCUGCACUAGACUAAAACAGAUGCAUUGAGAUACUAGACUUUAAGGGAUGAUGAUAUUUUGAAGAAUGUGUUUUUUUUUUUUCGUUGAACACAAAAGGAGAUAUUUUGUGAAUCAAUUCCAAAAAAAAAAAAAAAGUUGUCUGAAAAAUAUUUAUAACACAACUGUAAUGACUUUAUUCCAAUCAUGUUUAUGACAGAGUUAUGACGAGCGUAUUUUUUUGGUAAUAUCAUGACAAAACAAAUGCAAAGACAGGUUGUGAUUAAUUUGUCUUUGUUUUGUCAAGUUGUCAUGACAAAAACAAAGAGGUUGUGAUGAAUUUGUUUGUCAUGUUGUCAUAACAAAGACAUCUCGAACAAUAUCACCUUCGCAUUUAAAAUAACAUAACUGGCCAAAUGACACUUGAAGACAGUUGUCAUAAGCAUGCAUGUGAUGAUGUCAUGAUUAUUAAGGUUUCAUCACAGUCUUAUGAGCACCAACAGUAAAGUGUUACAGAAUAUAUUUCUGUAGCAAGCUGUAUUUACUUUAUUUUUUGUAAGGACACGUAACAAGUGCAUAUACAUUUAUGGAGAUGUUCCUGGUUGUUAUGGGAUGUAAAAGAGUGUAAAAAAAGAAUGCAAAAGACUCAGUACAAUAGGACGACUGUCACUGUGAAAUGCAUUUGGAGUCUGAAUAAAAGCCUUACGCUUUAAGCCUUAUUUAUCCACCACUAACACAGAAGACAUUAUAUCUCCUGCCUGUUACCUGCAUUACACAUUUCACUCUAGUUUUAUUUUCAAGUAUAUAAACCCUAUUUUUUCAUCGAUGCAGCUUCAAUAAAGUUCAGUAGAGAUUGAAAA